AAGGUAACAUAACGAAACUCGGCCGUCUCUUAGGACACUAGGGCUGAAGUGUCAAAAACACAUAACAUAGCCACAUUCCGUGCCACCCACACUCCUCUCGCUCUUACGUUCUCAUCUCUCUCUCUAUCUUAGGGGUUUAGAGAAUCAGAUCGGUGAAGAGAGACAGACAUGUCGGAUCAGAGAUUGACCCGUAUCGCUAUCGUUAGCGCCGACAAGUGCAAGCCAAAAAAGUGCCGCCAAGAAUGCAAGAAAAGCUGUCCUGUCGUUAAAACUGGUAAAUUAUGUAUAGAGGUCACUCCAGCUGCGAAGAUUGCUUUCAUCUCAGAGGAGCUGUGUAUUGGAUGUGGUAUAUGUGUUAAGAAAUGCCCAUUUGAAGCAAUUCAGAUCAUCAAUCUGCCAAAAGAUUUAGACAAGGAUACAACCCAUCGUUACGGUCCUAACACUUUUAAAUUGCACAGGUUACCCGUCCCUAGGCCAGGGCAGGUUCUUGGUCUGGUUGGAACAAAUGGUAUUGGGAAGUCAACCGCCCUUAAAGUUUUGGCUGGAAAAUUGAAACCAAACUUGGGACGCUUCAGUAACCCACCUGAUUGGCAAGAGAUCUUGACUCACUUUCGAGGAUCUGAACUGCAGAACUACUUCACUCGCAUUCUGGAAGAUAACUUGAAGGCAAUCAUCAAGCCUCAGUAUGUCGACCAUAUUCCAAAGGCAGUUCAAGGAAAUGUGGGACAAGUGCUUGACCAAAAAGAUGAGAGAGAUGUGAAGGCACAACUUUGUGCCGAUCUAGAGCUGAAUCAGGUUUUGGAUCGUAAUGUAGGUGAUCUAUCUGGUGGAGAGCUUCAGAGGUUUGCUAUUGCUGUUGUUGCAAUACAAAAUGCAGAGAUAUACAUGUUUGAUGAGCCUUCGAGUUAUCUUGAUGUAAAGCAGAGGCUUAAAGCUGCCCAAGUUGUCAGAUCCUUGCUUCGACCAAAUAGCUAUGUCAUUGUGGUGGAGCAUGAUCUUAGUGUACUUGAUUAUUUGUCGGAUUUCAUUUGCUGCUUAUAUGGGAAGCCUGGUGCAUAUGGAGUUGUCACCCUACCCUUCUCAGUCAGGGAAGGAAUUAAUAUAUUUUUGGCUGGAUUUGUGCCUACAGAAAAUCUACGUUUCCGUGAUGAAUCUCUUACUUUUAAGGUUGCUGAGACCCCACAAGAGGCGGCUGAGGAAAUUGAAACAUAUGCACGUUACAGAUAUCCAACCAUGACUAAGACUCAGGGUAAUUUCAAGCUUAAGGUUGCCGAGGGUGAAUUUACUGAUUCACAGAUUGUUGUGAUGCUUGGUGAGAAUGGAACCGGGAAGACAACCUUUAUUCGCAUGCUGGCUGGUCUAUUAAAGCCUGAUGUGGUGGAAGGAUCUGAUACGGAUAUACCAGAGUUCAAUGUUUCAUACAAGCCCCAGAAAAUCAGUCCAAAAUUUCAAUCCACUGUAAGGCAUUUGCUACAUCAAAAGAUACGUGAUUCUUAUAUGCAUCCCCAGUUCUGUUCGGAUGUGAUGAAGCCUCUCCAAAUUGAGCAAUUGAUGGAUCAAGAAGUUGUGAAUCUUUCUGGUGGAGAGUUGCAAAGAGUUGCCUUAGCCCUGUGCCUUGGAAAGCCUGCUGAUAUAUAUCUGAUCGAUGAGCCAAGUGCCUAUCUUGAUUCUGAGCAACGUAUUGUAGCUUCAAAAGUUAUCAAGAGAUUCAUUCUUCAUGCGAAGAAAACCGCAUUUAUUGUAGAGCAUGACUUUAUAAUGGCAACUUACCUGGCAGAUAGAGUCAUUGUGUACGAGGGGACGCCUUCCAUAGAUUGUGUUGCAAAUGCACCCCAAUCGUUGUUGACGGGAAUGAACCUCUUUUUAUCACACCUGAACAUUACAUUUAGAAGGGACCCGACUAAUUUCCGUCCAAGAAUCAACAAACUGGAAUCAACCAAGGAUAGGGAGCAGAAGUCAGCUGGAUCCUAUUAUUAUUUGGAUGAUUAACCAGAACAGGUGCUAAAUGAUGAUCGCAAAAACAGCCUCUGGGUCAUUUAUCUCAUAAACAUCUGACGUGAUUAUUAGAGGUUGAUGUCUCAUUGAACAGAUGAUAGGGUAUCAGCAGAAUGCCUACUGUUUCGUCGAUGGUUUUAUAUGAUGAUCUAGUAAUUAUUUCUGGUAUUAUGUACUCAUUAUAUUGUAUUUUUCACCAAUUUUGACUGCAGAGUGGGUAGUUGUCUCUUCGGAUUUUCAUUUUGUAUGUUGAUCUUUGGCAUAUGAAUGGGGUAUUUGAUUGGGUUGAUGAAAUUAUGUGAGAUGUCUAUGAAUAGUUUCACUGACGAUUAAUGUUCUCGACUUUAGGUGAUAACUGGACUCUUAUGUAAUACAUACAUGAGUGAUAGUUGAUUCUUCAUCUCUCUA